AUGACCAGCUCCGCCGCCGCCGCCCCGCCCCCCGGCGGCCGCGACACCCGCACCCAGCUCUUCGUCGGCAACCUCCCCUACCGCGUCCGCUGGCAGGACCUCAAGGACCUCUUCCGCCGCGCGGGCACCGUGCUGCGCGCAGACGUCGCGCUCGGCCCCGACAACCGCAGCCGCGGCCACGGCACCGUCCUCCUCGCGACCCAGGACGACGCCGAGCGCGCCGUCGCGCUCUUCCAGGGCUGGGCGUGGCAGGGCCGCGUGCUCGAGGUCCGCAAGGACCGCGCGGGCGUCGGCGGCGCGGGCGCAGGCAGGCCGAGUGUUUCCAUUUUGGAUACUGCAAAGUCGCGCACAUUUUGGGGGGCCAUUAGGGCGCGCCGUGCGACGCGGCCCCGUGAUCGCGCCUGUGCAUCCUCUUUGGGUCGGCUCCCGGGCGCGUCUCCCGCUCUGCGGGGCGCAUCCCUCCCGUUCCACAUCCAGUGGCAGGACCUCAAGGACCUCUUCCGGCAGGCGGGCGCCAUCUCCCGCGCCGACGUCGCGCUCGGGGCGGACGGGCGCUCGCGCGGGUUCGGCACGGUGAGCUUCGCGAACGAGGCCGAUGCGGAGCGCGCGGUGCGUAUGUUCAAUGGGUACGUUGUUCCCGUUCUCUGUCUCGUUCCCUCCGGCAUGCGUUCUGCCUCGCUCCCGCCGGCAUGCAUGCAUUUUUUGUGCGCUACUGACCCUCUCUGCGCGACGCACACACAGGUACGAGUACAACGGGCGCGCGCUCAAGGUGCACUUUGA